GUUGAAGAGUAGAUAGAUCUCAUCUAUUAAUAAAUUGGAGCGCGUUCUUGGGGAGUAGUCAAUGAAUUUGCGCGUAAAUGGAAGAGGUAAAUUCAAAUCACCAGUGGGAACACCGCAACCGCAAUAUAAGUGCAUGUUUACUCACUUUCCAGGAUACUGUUGUUCAGGAUAUUCGAAGACCAUACGCGUGACCGACCAUGUCAUGAUCAGGAGUGUCUGUUUGUCUACUCCACGGUGCUGGGUGUGACUGUGAGACCAGGCUGCCAUCUGUGAGGCCCUAGCUAGAGAUGGACAUUGAGGUGGGCAUCCAGGAGGAGGGCAUGGAGGGCUCGUUGACCCUGCUGUCGUGGCUGGCGUCCUGUGUGAUGGUGUUUGGAGGGACCCUGCCCUACGUGCCUCAGUACCAGGAGAUCCAGAAGAGCAGCAUCACUGAGGGAUUCUCCACCCGCGUCUGUCUGCUUCUGCUCAUCGCCAACAUCCUACGCAUCUUCUUCUGGAUAGGGAAGCAGUUUGAACUGACUCUGCUCCUCCAGAGUGUAGUGAUGAUCAUUACCAUGCUGGCUAUGCUCCAUCUCUGCUGCAACAUCCAGCACACCAACCGCGUCAGCACCAAACAGCGCCACUUCACAGAUCUGAACCUGCGCUACUUCUGGAGCUGGAGUGCGUUUGAGGACUACCUGCUGUUCUGCUUUGCCUUCACGGUGCUGUGUGCCUUCCUCACCCUGCUCCUGCUGGACUCUGUGCUGUUCGUGGAGGACCUAGGCUCCCUGGCUAUGCUGUUCGAUGCCAUCCUGGGGGUGCCACAGCUGCUGCAGAACUUCCACAACCACUCCACCCACGGCAUGAGUGUGAAGAUGGUGCUGCUGUGGACUGCUGGAGACAUCUUCAAGACGGCAUACUUCGUGAUGAACGACAGCCCGUUUCAGUUCUGGGUGUGUGGGGCCGUCCAGAUCCUUAUCGACGUAGCCAUCCUGCUGCAGGUGCUUUACUAUGGACAGGACAUCGGAGUCAAACUGGGCUGAACCCUCAUAACCKUCUCAUACACACAUGCUCUUAAUCAAAACUUGUGCCUUACAUGUCUAUUAUUUUUAUUAGAUAGAGAAUACCAGAGAGUGUAUGUUUUUCUCUUUGAGGCUAUUUAUUUGUUUUCAUGGGUCAUUUUUUGUGGUAGUUACUGAUCGGUAGCAGAGCAGCCAGGCACUGUGUGUUUGUGUGCGUKUAAAUGUGUUUUUGCUUUUACUAUCCUUGUAGGGACCAGAAGUCCUAACAAGGAUAGUAAAACAAAGAAAAAAUUUGGACAAGUGGGGACAUUUUGUGUGUGUGGGUGACUCCAUUGUGUUUUUAAGAUUAAAUAUAGACAUAUGUAUGUGUUUGUCAGUGUGUGUCGCCAUGGGCAUUCGUGACACUUAGGAGCAGGGAAACGCCACAGAAUGUACACAUUACAGUAUAUCUACAGGAAGCAUGGGCCACAUUCAUCUCUAAAACAGCUAUUUCUGGACAGUUUAUAUAUGCUUUGUCUUACCAUCACAGACGGGAGGUUUCUACUCACCAGGAAGAACUGCCUUUGACUCAGAGGGAAAGGAGAAUGAACURUAUUGCAAAAUUGGAUACUUGGUAUCACAGCUAUCUAAAUCAACAAUUCUCCAUUCUGUCUUAUCACCCACAUACAGCACAAUUAUAUAAGGAUCCAUUAAAACAUACUGUUAGUCUUGGAUUUUUCCUUUAAGCUUUGCUAACGAGURCUCCUGCCAUACUGAAGACGUUUCAAUGGUCAGUUGUGAGGGAACAUUGUAGAAUAAGUUGUUAUGGUAUUCUGAGUCUGGUCAUUUAGAGAGAAAAUAAUGGAGACUUCCCGGCUCAUUUAGUCUGUGGUCACAUCAGUGUCGGUCGUCAAUUUCAUGCUGUUUAGUUUUACUGAGAACUAUCUGAGAUGACUGAGCUGUGUCUUUUGGUUGGGAACAGCUUUAUUAUCAUCAGAGGGACAUUUAGUUUUCUCUCAUUUGACGCCAGUCAUGACCAUCACAGUCCUCCUAAAUGGUUUAACGCUAUAGAGACCCUGCUGGAAUGAAGAAAGAGAUAGAUGGAUGAUCAGCUGAAUGAACGUCUGUGCCUGCCUGCCUGUCUUCCUCAGAUGUGACCUUUAUGCAUGGCCAGUCUAUAUGUGGCUGUGGCCUCCCAGGGCUGAGACUGUGGCAAUAAUUUGCGUGGCUAAUGUUUGCACAGCAUGCAGAAAGACCCCCGCCCCGUUAGGUUUCCCAUCAGUAGCUGACAGCCCUUCCUGCCUCUGCUUGGCAGUGUGAAGCUGAAAUCCAGGGCAGAUACAGGUAACUGCCAAAAUAAAGGAAACACCUCCAAAAAAGUGUCUUAAUAUGGCGUUGGGACACCACGAGCCAGAACAGCUUCAAUGCACCUUGGCAUAGAUUCAACAAGUGUCUUGAACUCUAUUCGAGGGAUGCGACACCAUUCUUCCUCGAGAAAUUACGUAAUUUGGUGUUUUGAUGGUGGUGGAAAAUGCUGUCUCAGGCACUGCUCCAGAAUCUCCCAUAAGUGUUAAAUUGGGUUGAGAUCUGGGGACUAAGAUGUCCAUGGCAUAUGGCUUACAUCGUUUUCAUGCUCAUCAAACCAUUCAGUGACCACUUGUGCACUGUGGAUGGGUGCAUUGUCAUCCUAAGGGAGAAUAGCCAUGGUAGCCAAAAUAAUGGCCUGCCCAGCAUUUCUAUACAGGACCCACACCUGUGUUUAGGCACCUGCUUUCAAUAUGCUUUGUAUCCCUCAUUUACUCAAGUGUUUCCAUUAUUUUGGCAGUUACCUGUAGAUUGCCUGUAAAAAGUGUGUGAUGCCAUCCUCCAGAUAAAGAAAAUAAAUGUAGGCUUGGCUUGAAUUCUAUUCAUUUCAAGAGGUGUUCAUUUAGGUAGCUUAAAGGACCAUACUCAAAUCUAACGAAUGGGCGUGUUCCUCUGCCAAGGUGUUGCUGACGCCGCCAGAUCUUACAACGCCUGGAAAGGUAUUAUAUGUAUCAGCUAACCACAUCAUAUAUUAUAGCAAUCUGUCAGUCGAUGACACAGUCAAUGACUUGGCAUGAAAACACUGGUUGAUGCAUGCAAUAUCUAAGCAGGGGAACACAACCAAAACCUACCCCCAAUCCCCAAAUGAUUUGAUUCUGCAUUUUUAUGACCUGUAUGUUCACAUGGUUUUAUUGUUUAUAAGUAUACUUGGCAAAAACAAUGACAUUAUUUAUCAUCAUUCGUAUAUUGCCAUAUUAUAGUCAGUUAGUACAAGAAGGCUUCUUGUGUUGUUUUCUUAUUGCGUCUGUAUCCUAUCAGUUGCUUUCUUGUGAUGUUUUCCCAUAAGCUCAGAUUGUCUGUGUGUUAAUGUGUUCCUCCCUAUGUUUAAUAUACUGGGUACGGCUAGCCAGCCUUGUAUUCCCCAGGAAAUGAGGAUAACCCUUCCAAUGACAAUCUAUCAAACAACUCUUUAUAGAGUAUAUGUUUUUGCCUUUAAACUUCAAACAUACUGAAAGUAUAUUCAUUGUUUUUGAUAUGUGUUUGGGAUAUGUCCACAUAGUUUAUCUAUGUGCUUUGUGUGGAUGUCAGCUACUGUCAAAAUGUUCCCAAAAAAGACACAUCUCAAGACUUUUAUCAAACGGUGCUGUAAUUACAGUUUGGUUGUAAAAAAUGUUUUACAGAUGAAAUAUCUGCAUGGAUAAACACUGUUUUAAGUUUUAACAUCAAAAGAGGUACUUUCAAAAUUGUGAGCUAUGCCAAAGCUAAAACUACAUCGGAAAUAAUAUAUAAAUGUGUUUUAUUGUAAGAUCAGUUACUGUCCAAGUGGUCAAAUUUACCAAAGUCUGUUGUAGGAAAUAAAAUUAAAGUGUGUAUCUAGGAAAUGCUUGUAUUUACCCAAACAUUCGUUCUUAUAAACCAUUCAUAGCAA